CCUACGCCCCAGUGUCAGCUGAUUUCUCGAUCGCUCUCUUGAUUUUCUGUUGUUAUUUAAUUGAUAAACUUUCUGCGGGGGGCGCCUCUCCAGAUAACCCCCACAUCUAAAUUAAUAAACAUUGCGCAAUGGUUCAACUAACCCGAAUCCUCAGGAUGGCCUGCCGCGACCAGAAUGCCGCCAACUUCUUAAACGAAGGCAAAAAGAUUGUGGGAGUGGCCCUCAACUACAUGGAUGUUGUGAAGGCCAGGAACGUCCCAGUGCCCAAGGAACCGCUCGUCUUCCUUAAACCCACCUCAUCGUACCUCCAGGAGGGUCAGCCAAUAGUGUUACCCAAAGUCUUCACCAAGGUGGCCUAUGAAGUGGAACUGGGCGUUGUGAUCGGUAAACCCUGCAAAAAUGUCUCCAAGGCAGAUGCUAUGAAUUAUGUGGCCGGAUACUGUCUGGCAUUGGAUCUGACGGCUCAGUGCAAUUUGGGCGCAGCUCGAGCGGCAGGUCAUCCGUGGACCUUGGGCAAAGGCUUCGACACCUCUACGCCCGUCUCCAAGUUUAUACCCCUUGACCAAGUGAAGGAUCCGCAUAAUCUUCCCCUCUGGCUCACUGUCAACGGAGUCGUUAAGCAGAAGGGAUGUACCGCGGACUUGAUAUUCAAGGUGCCCGAUAUCAUUUCGUACGUGUCCAAGUACAUGACCCUGGAACCCAACGAUCUGAUCCUUACCGGAACGCCCAAUGGCUCGGAUGAGUUCAAGGCUGGCGAUGUGAUUGAGUGCGGAAUGGCGGAACUGGCCAAAUUGACUUUCCAAGUGUGUGCUGAAUAAAUGGAACAUGGCAAAGCUACAGCUCUAUAUUUCUAUA